UUUUCCCCCACUACAAUGGCGACGGUGCAGCACCGCGGCGAAGGGCCUCGGGCUGGAGGUGAAAUUAUCAACGCUAAUUCUCAUUUUAGUACAAAGACAGCAGGAGCGGAGGAGAAGGCAAACGGUGGGAAAAGUAACACUGUCUCCAACAGCCCUGGAGGAGGAGAAGGAGGAGGUCUCGGGAAACGGCCAGCCAGCAAGGACGAACUCCAGAACCAGUCGGCACCUCCUAAAAUCCCCAAACCGGGCGUCAGUAGCGCUAAGAAGGCUGCUCCUAUUUCCAUCAAGCUAGGAGCUAGUAAACCGAAGGAAGCAGCGCCCAUUUUACCCUCCAAAAAACCUGCGUCUGUUUUCGACGACGAUGACAGUGAACCAGAGGAGAUGCCUCCAGAAGCGAAGAUGAGGAUGAAGAACAUUGGAAGGGACACCCCGACUUCGGCGGGCCCCAACUCCUUCAACAAAGGAAAGCAAGGAUUCUCUGACCACCAGAAGCUCUGGGAGAGGAAGCUCAAAUCACAAACGGACAAAUAACUCCCUACGUUAUAACCCUCGUUGUUGUUUUUUUUUGUUGUUUUUUUUCGACAGACUUUUGUAAAAUAUACAUGUACAUACGUGAUGCGACUUUGCCACUCCGACGCCACUUUUUAACGUGUGAUUGUUUUUGUUUUGUUUUUUUAACCACAGAAUCAUAGCCUUUCAUUAAUUUAUGUUGAUGGUGAUUCGUAUUUUUCUCCAGAUUUACCACGGUUAGCAUAUUUGAUCAAUUGUAGUACCAAAUACCAAUUAGAUGGACAUUAUUAGCAAUAAGGAAGUAGAUUUAUAAGACGUAGAGUUCCUGAUGCUGAUCAAACACGUGGUGUGGUUAAAGUGUACGGAGUAAGAAUGUGUGUUCUGUGUUGUGUGGCUGUUUCUUUGGGAAAGAGGAUUAAACCUAAACAAUAAGAUGA